AUGGUACAAAAGUUGAUCAUUAUCAGCGCUUUGGUGGCCGCCGCCAGCGCCGUCGCUGUCCUGCCAGGUGCCGGUUACCCCGGUCUGGCGUUGCCUGCUUUGCCCGCCUUGCCUGCACUGCCAGCUUUGACGAAGAUCGCUACGCCUGUGCUGCCCGCCAUCACCAAGUACGCCGCGCCACUUGCCGUCGCCAAGGUGGCCGCUCCCGAGCCAUACGACCCCAAUCCACAAUACAGCUUCAGCUAUGACGUACAUGAUGGUUCUACCGGUGAUGUGAAGAGCCAACAGGAACAACGCAGCGGUGAUGUGGUGCAGGGCGCCUACUCGCUCAUUGAGCCUGAUGGCACACGUCGCAUUGUCGAAUACGCCGCCGAUCCAGUGCACGGCUUUAACGCAAUCGUUCGCCGCGAACCUCUCGCCGUUAAGGCCGUCGCCCCAGUUGCCAAGAUUCUAGCUCCAGCUCCGCUUUUGCACGCACCAGUCGUUGCGAAGGCCAUUCCAGCCAUCCCAGCUCUGCCAGCCUUGCCAGCUUUGGCCGCCUUGCCAGGAUUGCCAGCGCUUGCUCACGGACCACUUGCUGCACCCAUCUACCACGGUUAGACGUGUGCUGCAUGUUUAAGGAAAACAGCUCUUCAACAACAACAAGCACAACAAAUAUACUACACUUAGUCAAUUCACAUAUGAGAAAAUGUGAAGUAUUGCCGUUGCCGACCUCUUGCCGCUGCCAUCACCCCAUGAUUGAAUGAAUGACAACAACAACAACAUUACACAUUACAACAUUACUCGUAGCCCUCUGCAAGCCAACAAAACCACCAAACAAACAGACAAACCGUCCAACAAAACAAAAGCAUUGGCAUUUGCUCCGC